ACAGACAAAAUCUCAGUCCAGUAGCUUCCAUUAUCCAGCCAAGAAGACAAACACUGAAAGACCGAUACAGAGAAGAAAAACAGAGCAAAAAUGGAGAUAUUGUCACAAUUGUGGUCGUUGUUAGGCUUGCUCACCGUACUUCAGAAUGUCUUACCGUCACAGCUACUCUCUCUCCUCCAUUCCUCCUACGAGACUCUCACGGAUUUUCUCUCCCCACACUCUUACUUCGAAAUCCCCGAGUUCAAUGGCUACUGUGGCGUCGACCUCAAUGAUUUGUACCGCCAUGUUCACCUCUACCUCAACUCCGUCAACCACUCCGCCGCAGCCGGUUGCCGCCGCCUCACCCUUUCUCGGUCUAAGUCCUCCAAUCGCAUUUCCUAUACCGUCGCCCCCAAUCAGACUAUUCACGACACCUUUGAAGGCCACCGUCUCUCCUGGACUCACCACGUCGAGACGGUGCAGGACUCACUGGAGGAGAAGCGGAGCUUCACUCUGCGGCUGCCGAAGCGCCAGCGUCAGACCCUUCUCUCGGCCUACCUCAGUCACGUGACCGCACGUGCGGAGGAGUUCGAGCGAGUCUCGAGAGAGAGGAGGCUAUUCACCAACAAUGGAAACGGAUCAUUCGAAUCGGGUUGGGUCUCUGUUCCGUUCCGGCAUCCUUCCACGUUUGACACACUGGCACUGGAUCCUGAGUUGAAAAAACAGAUAAAAAACGACCUCACUGCAUUUGCUGAAGGCAGAGAGUUCUAUCAUAGAGUGGGUCGGGCAUGGAAGCGUGGGUACCUACUAUACGGUCCACCCGGGUCUGGAAAAUCGAGUUUGAUCGCAGCUAUGGCGAACUUCCUCUGCUACGACGUCUACGAUCUUGAGCUCACCAAGGUGUCUGAUAAUUCCGAGCUGAGGUCAUUACUGAUACAAACGACGAACCGCUCCAUCAUCGUGAUCGAAGACAUUGAUUGCUCGGUGGACUUGACGGCGGACAGGAAGACGAAGAAGACGACAAUGACGAAGUCGAAAACAAUGAGAGCAAAAACGGCGUCGUCGUCGGACUGCUCGAAGGAUGAAAGCGGACGGGUUACUCUAUCGGGGCUCCUGAAUUUCACGGAUGGGCUGUGGUCGUGUUGCGGAGAAGAGAGGAUCAUCGUCUUCACCACGAACCACAGAGACAAUGUGGACCCUGCUCUGGUACGUUGCGGGAGAAUGGACGUGCAUGUCAAUCUCGGCGCGUGCGGGAUGCAUGCGUUCAGGGACCUGGUCAGGAACUACCUGGGGUUGGAAUCGCACGCUCUGUUCGACGCGGUGGACAGCUGCAUAAGGUCCGGUGGGUCUCUUACGCCUGCUCAGAUCGGCGAAAUGCUGUUGAGGAACAGAGGAGAUGCUGAUGUGGCCAUGAGGGAGGUGGUGUCGGCAAUGCAGACGAGGAUGCUCACGGUGGCCGCCGCUGGUGGUGGGGGAGGUGGACAAUGGGAGCAGACGGAUAAUGAAGAGACAGUGGGAGGAAGGUCGCCGGAAAGCGUGCUGAUGAUGGGGUCGCCUGAGAAUUGGGACUCGUUGAGCUGGAAGAAGAGGAAGGAGAGUGGGUCCAAUUGCGAUAAAAAACCGAAGUUUUUGGUGAGGUUGAAGUCGUUGACCAAGUCAGAGUCAGGAAGAAGAGUUUUGACCCCAGAAAAAUCUAAAAGUUGUAAUUUUCCUUUAUUUUAGUGAUUCACAAAUUUUAUUGUGUUAUUAUUAUUAUUUUUGUUAACUUCUUCUCAAUCCAUGAUUGGGCUAAUUUAGGGUGUUUUGGUCGGCAAAAACAAAGUUUUAGGGUGGUUUGAUUUGCUCACUUCAAUAAUCUACGGUGUCAGGUGUAUUUUUUG